AUGAACUCAUUCGGAGAGACAGGUAAAAAUCACAAUAACUAUAAUUCUAGAGACUUUCUCAUACAUCAAUAAAAAUUAGAAGAAAUCAAACGAUCCAAAAGCGCUAUUGGAUGCAACAGAACUAAAUCAAUCAAGUUACCCAAAUCAACCAAUAUUAAAGAUGAAAUGAAAAUCGCUGAAAUAUAACAUAAAAAUCAACUCUUAGCUUCAAAUCUAGCCAGAAUACAUUCCAGACCAUAUUAAUUACCUCAAAAAUCUCAAAAUUUUUAAGUUUCCAUGAAAUCCUCUUAAUCAAAAGAAAAACUUAAGGAACAUACUUUUAAGUUAUUGGAUGAAAAUAUCAAUUUAUGCAAAAGAAUAUUAGAUUAACAAAGCCAGAUCGAUUUCAAAUAAAAAUUAUAAGAGUAUAAACAACAUAAAAAAAUAAAGAUAAGACUUUUAAAAGUUAAGAGAUAAUUUGAAUAAUAAGAAAAAUUAGCUGUUGAUUAGAGAUUUAAAUCAAAAUCAUUUAGUUAAGUGUAGAUCAAUAAAAUUUGA